GAAAUGUCGCCUCUUUCAUCCCGCCUUGGACAAAUCUCAAGUCAUCUCAACUCAUCUACAACUCCAACCACAAUGGCUUCUGCAUUUUCUUCUGUUCCUCUUGCUCCUCCUGAUAUCAUCUUCCAUCUCACUGCCCAGUACAAGGCAGACAAGGACCCCAAAAAAGUCAAUGUUGGUGUUGGUGCCUUUCGUACAGACAAACUCCAGCCAUACGUACUUCCUGUAGUCAAAAAGGCUGAUGCUAUCUUGUUCAAUGACGAAAGCCUUGAUCAUGAAUACCAACCCAUUGCUGGUCAGCCCUCAUACACAAAGGCCGCAGCACGCUUAAUUCUCGGCAAGGACAGCCCGGCCAUAAAAGAGAACCGCGUGGCAGCUGUACAAACCAUUUCUGGCACAGGGGCGAAUCACACUGGUGCUGCCUUUUUGGCACAAUUUUACAAAAAGAGCCGUACAGUCUAUAUUUCCAAUCCCACCUGGGCAAAUCAUCGUAAUAUCUUUAGUAUGGUCGGAUUUGAAGUCAAGGAAUAUCCUUACUGGAACCCAACCACACGUGGCCUGGACUACAGCGGGCUGAUAAAGGCCAUGGAGCAGGCACCAGAUGGCGGAAUCUUUAUCCUGCAUGCCUGCGCACACAACCCAACCGGUGUGGAUCCUACCCGAGACCAGUGGAAGGGAAUUGCGGACGUGAUGCAAAAAAAGAACCAUUUCCCCUUCUUUGACUGUGCCUACCAAGGUUUCGCCUCUGGUGAUCUGGACAGCGAUGCCUGGGCUGUGCGUUAUUUUGUUGACCGAGGAUUUGAGUUGUUUGUUGCCCAAUCGUUUGCAAAGAACUUUGGACUAUAUGGUGAACGUGCUGGAAAUCUGACAAUCGUCACAAAAUCCACUGGUGAGACAAACACCGUGUUUUCCCAGAUUGAAAAGCUGCAGAGAGCCGAGAUCUCCAAUCCUCCAGCCUAUGGUGCUCGUAUUGUAGACAUUGUGCUCAACGACCCUGUGUUGUAUGCCGAGUGGAAGGAGAACCUAAAGUACAUGUCCAACCGGAUUAUCGAGAUGCGCAAGGCACUCUAUGGCCGCCUUAUCGAGCUCAAGACACCUGGCAAAUGGAACCAUAUCACAGACCAGAUCGGCAUGUUCUCCUUUACCGGUCUCAACAAGAACCAGGUCACGGUCCUCAAACAAAAGUAUCACAUCUACAUGACCGACAAUGGCCGUAUUUCCAUGGCCGGUCUUUCUACCACCAAUGUCAAUUACUUUGCUACUGCUCUGGAUGAUGUUGUUCGCACCGUUGCCUAAAGCAGUACAUAUAAAAAGAAAAAGAAAAAGAAAUAUAAAGUAAAUAGAAAAGGUAUAUAAAACACAAAAGAAAGUAUAUCAAAGUAUAUCAAUACCAACAUCAUCAUCAUCAUUUAACAAUACAAAUAUCAAAAUAUUCAAUAUCCUCUCUUUAUUUCUUUCUUUUACUUUUUUUUUCAUAUACGUGUCCAUCUACUGCUUUUAUUACCAACCCCUCUUUUCUUUAGUGUAUAUUUCGGAAACAUAAAUACAAUUUCUAUAUAUAAAAUCAACCUAUAAAACACACUCCCACACAAGUAAAUAGACUGAGUGGCUGAGAGAUAGAGAUAGAGAGAAAUAAAUGGUGAGUAUAAAAUAUGCAAUCAAUUGAACAAAAAUAUAUAUAUAUAUAUAUUCUUUUGUUGUUAUGGAAACAAACAAACAAUUAGACCAAUCAAUUUUUGAUUUUUUUUUUUCAAUCACCAAAGAAAUAAU